ACAGACAGCACACUGGAGGUUAAGUCAUUCACUAAAUAGGGAGCAAGGGAGCAUCCUAUAGCUCUCUAUGCAGUUAAGUGCAUUCACUCCUAAAAUCUGAUCAAAAGUUCAGUUUCAGGCUGCAGAUGGAUGUUUGGAUACCUGACCGACCAAAAUGAACCCAGCAAUCCAGCUUCUUCGUUUACGCCAGGGGAAUCGUCCCCUGGAAGAUUAUGUCACGGAGUUUUGUGGUCUUUGCUACCUUGUCGAUUUUAAUGAGAUUGCCCUCAAGGACUGUUUUGCUUUGGACUGAAUGAGCCAAUCUCUUCCCUGAUGCCAGGCGGUCAGAUUACCCACAGCCUGGCUCAGUAUAUCUACCUUGCCCUACUAAUAUGUGGUUCAUCGUUCACUGUGGGGGAGGUGGACGCCAAGCCAGAGUCCCACGUCAUGGCUGCCAAGCCAGAGUCCCACGUCAUGGCCGCCAAGCCAGAGUCCCACGUCAUGGCCACCAAGCCAGAGUUCCCCAUCAUGGUUGCUGAGCUAGCGCCAUCUUUUGCCCCAGAUCCCGAGUCUGCUCCAUGGCAUGUUACAGCCACGCUUCAGUCUGCUCCAUGCAAUGUCUCAGGCUUAUCUCUGGUCAACGAGCCAACGCCCAUGUCUGCCACGGUCAACGAGCCAACGCCCAUGUCUGCCACGUCCAACAAACCAGCGUUGCAAGCCUCGUCCGUCCCAGAGCCAGCGUUACAAACCUCGUCCGUUCCCUCAGCUCCACCGCGGUCCUUCAGCCUGUCAGCUUUACCGGAAUCCCUCGUCCCUCCAGCUCCUCCUUGGUCUGUUGGUCACCUGGCUCCGCCUUGGCUCUCUGAUCCUUCAGCUCCACUGGAGACCUAUUUCCCUAUGGCUCCGCCUUGGUCAUCAGCCCCACCGGCUCCACCUCAGUCUUCUGAUCCCCAAGCUCCGCCUUGCUCCUCUGAACCUCCAAUGCUGCCUUGGUCCUCCCUGCCUCCGGCUCCACCCUGACCCUUCGAGUCUUCAGCUACUCUCCAGUUAUCCAGUUCUCCGUGGUUUCGCCCCUCGAGCCUCUCACGGCUC